AUGGCCUUUCUGCUCUCAGGCCGCGGCGCGGCAGCAUCGCACACCCGCACGUUGACACGGGCGGGCCCCUGCAGAUAUGUUGCUGUUGCUCGCGUAGUACAGCCUCACAAGUGGACAGGCACCCGCUCGGCACCUUCAGCCGUGUGCGCCUCCGCGCAGGACGCAGAAGCGCCCACUACAAGUAGCGGUGCCAGCAGCAGCGCCUUCACAGACGAGCAGCAGCGCCUGCUUUGGGACAGCGUGUCGCGCGCGCUGCUGCGCCUCGGCAAGUCUGGAGCGACCGAGGCUCACGGCAGGUCCUUAUGCGAGCUGCUGAGGGCCCACAAACUGGUCAAAGUCCAGAUCAACGGCCCCGCGGACGCCGCAGCCGCGGUCGCCGCGUCGCUGUCCGCCGACAGCGGCGGUGUGCUGCUGCAGACGAAGGGCGGGACACUGCUGUUUGCGGAGGGGGAUGCUGAGGCUGCGGCACUGCUGCAGGUUGCGAACGAGAGCGCCGGCAAGACUGCCGUGUGGCGUGAGAAGCGGAUGGAGCAAAGGGAGAAGCGGCAGCAGCUGCUGGCGACGACGACCGCCAAGCGAGAGGCCAACGCCAGCCGCAGCCGCCGGCGCAUCGGGAAAAUGAUCUCUAAUGUCAGCAGCGGCGGCAAGGGCAAGAUGAGCCGCGAGGGUCUGCUGGGCGAGUGGCAGCAGUUGGCGGCCGGCAUCGCUGCGGAGGAGGCCGGGGAGGCGGCGGCGGCCGCCGCGCAAGGCGGGCCGGCGCCCAAGCAACCGUGGAAGCGCGCGGCGGCGCAGAAGCAGCAGCAGCAGCAGCAGCAGCAGCAGCCGCCCCGGUCGCCCCGGCAGCAGUGA